CAGCUUCACAACGGUGCAAGCCACUGAUUGUAGGCUGGGCGCACACUUGAGCGUAAAGAGCGCAUUAAUGGCAACUUAUGCCAUGCGGGCUGCCUGCCUGCAGAGCCAUCCCAGGAUACGAGCCUCUUGUCGGGCUCGGUCUUGGCGCCAGUCCGGGCUCCGAGCGGAUAGUGAUGGCAAUGGAAAGGUGAUUGGCACCGAGCUGGUGGAGGCCAAUGCCGCGCGCACGAGGGCGAAUCUCGAUGCUGCGGGCCUGGCAGCUUUGGAAGGAGAGGAGGAGAUCGACACGGGCUUGUUGGACGGGGUAUUUAUUCUGUACCUGGACCUAAUUAAGCUGCUUGAGCCGUGGCUGAAGAAGGGCGCGCUAGUCAUCGCAAAGAACGGCUUCCGGCAGGCGGGCGGCUAUGUCGACUAUGUGAGCGAGCCGAGCAAUGGCCAUGUAACCCUUGAGUUGCCCUUUGAUAAGGUUAGGGGCAAUGUCUUGUCGGUCAGGACGAUUUGAGGGGUGUCAUGUGAUACAUUUGAUGUGUUUGGAUUCAGAAGGAUGUUAUAAGGGAGAGAUGAGGAUGAGGUUGGGAGGGAAUAAGCAGAAAAAACAUCUCUUCUUGAUAUCUAAAAUGCACGGCUGCCUUAGGAAGGCAUUACUGAUA